GUUAUUUUUAAGAUAAAAAAAUAUUUUUUAUUUUGUAUUUCUAAAAUAAAAAGAUUUAAUGAAAGCUGUGUUCAUGAGUUUGCGCGUUAAGUAAUUUCUAACCUGUUUCUAUAAUGUUUGAAGACAUAGUUUUUGAAACUUGAAAAUGUGCCUGUAGUUUAAGAAAUUACUUCGAAACAUCAAUAUUACACGUGUGUACAUUGAAAAAUAUGCAAUUAAAAAUGUCAAAAUCGUUUAAUCAAAAUGCUGUAAAGCAGUUAUUACUGCAAGAAAAUAAAUUUAUUUUAGAUAUAUUUUCAAAAAUGCCAAUAUCUGAAUCAGACAAUAUUUUCUCAAGUUUAAGUGAAAAAAAGAAAAGAGCACAAACAUUUGAAGAGUUACAUGCUAAAUUAGAGGGGUUAAAAAAUAUUAAACGACUAGAAUAUAAAGAAAAGCAGUUAAAAAAGAAUCUGAAAACCAGAAUAAAAAAGAUAUCAAAGAAGAAAGAGCGAUUGAUGCAAAAAAAAGUAAUAAAGAGAGAACAGAAUGGUGACACCUUAUUUGAAAUAAAAAAAGAAGAUAGUGAAAUACCAAAAAUUCCAAAACCAAAGCCUGUGUUUAAUUCAGAAGGUAAAAUGGUAUUUAGUAAGUUUGAUUUUUCUGAAAUUGGAACAAAGAAAAAACCACCCAAAAAGGAUACAAAAAGAAUGUUGCUCGAGUUGAAACAAAAAAAAGAGAAGUUAAAAACAAUGGAAAAAUUAGGUGAAAAAGAAAGAGUAGAAGAAAUUAAAGAAAAGGAUGCAUGGAAGGCAGUUUUGGCAAAAUCUAGUGGUGAAAAGGUGAAAAAUGAUCCAGAUUUACUUAAACGAACACUAAAAAGAAAAGAAGAUAAAAAAAAACAAAGUGCAAAAAAAUGGGAAUCUAGAUUAGAAAAUGUACAAAAAGGAAUUCAAGAAAGGCAAAGUAAACGACAAAAUAAUAUUACAAAGAGAAAGAAAGAAAAGAAGAUAAAUAAGUUAAAAAAGGCAGCUAAAAAAGGACGAAAAAUACUCCCUUCUUCUUCUUUCAUUCAUCCCCCUUAAAAUUAACACAUCUUUAAGACUACACCUGGAAGAAAAAGUAACUCAUAUGAGAAACACAUAUGAAAGAAUGAGUUCUGUUUGUCGUUUCUACGUUCAAAAUAUUGAUCCCAAAAAAGUUACCAGAGCAAUUAAAACAAUUCAAACCAAGGCAACAAGUCUGGAAUUAGCCAUAGAAAAGACCGAUCUGAUAUGGUUUGGAAAUUCUCCCUGGGUGCUCAUCACAACCAUUCAAAGAUAA